AAGCGGGAACAGCGUUCGCUGUGGGAGCACACGUAGCUGACUCGGCGUCGGGUUACGGCCCACGUAUCUGUCGCAUAGAAGUGGCAUCAUACAUAGGGAUUCACUGCCAUUAAAAGGGACAGGCGGAGGCGGCUCUUAUCCAUCCCAAUCUCCGCCUCUCCUGUCGCGGUUCCCCUUCUCGGCUUCUCCUCGUCUUGUAGAAAUUUGGGUGCUUGUUGAUCUAAUUCGAGCAAUGGGCGAAGCUGGAGGCAUCGCGAAGGACGUCACCGAAUUGAUCGGCAAGACUCCGUUGGUCUACCUCAACAAAGUCACCGAUGGCUGCGUGGCUCGCGUUGCUGCCAAAUUGGAGAGCAUGGAGCCCUGCUCCAGUGUCAAGGACAGAAUUGGGUAUAGUAUGAUAUCUGAUGCAGAGGAGCGUGGGGUUAUCCAACCCGGCAAGAGCAUCCUGAUUGAACCUACCAGUGGAAACACCGGAAUAGGGCUGGCAUUCAUGGCGGCUGCCAAGGGCUACAAGCUUGUGCUAACCAUGCCAGCCUCCAUGAGCCUCGAGAGGAGGAUCAUUCUCAAAGCUUUUGGUGCCGAGUUAGUCCUCACUGAUCCCAGCUCGGGCAUGAAGGGAGCUGUCAAGAAGGCAGAAGAGUUGGCCGCCAAGACACCAAAUUCUUACAUCCUCCAACAGUUUGAGAAUCCAGCAAACCCGAAGAUUCAUUACGAGACAACUGGACCUGAGAUAUGGAAAGGAACAGGCGGUAAGAUUGAUGCUCUGGUGUCUGGUAUCGGAACUGGGGGUACGAUCACUGGAGCUGGGAGGUAUCUCAAAGAGAAAAAUCCUGAUAUCAAGCUAUAUGGUGUAGAACCAGUUGAGAGCGCGGUUUUAUGUGGAGGGAAACCUGGACCACAUAAAAUUCAGGGACUUGGAGCUGGCUUUAUUCCUGAUGUGCUAGAUGUGCAUCUGAUUGAUGAAGUUAUACAAGUUUCAAGUGAUGAGGCCAUUGAGACAGCAAAGCUUCUUGCUCUCAAAGAAGGGCUGCUGGUUGGAAUCUCUUCUGGGGCUGCUGCUGUUGCUGCUGUUAAGCUUGCACAGAGACCAGAGAAUGAGGGGAAGCUGAUUGUUGUUGUCUUCCCAAGUUUCGGAGAGCGUUAUCUUUCCUCUGUGCUUUUCCAAUCGAUCAAAAAAGAAGCUGAAUGCAUGGUUGUGGAGCCCUGAGAAUUAUGCUUUCUUUAUGUUGGGAAGUAAAAUCUUCGCACGAAUAAGUGUUUGAUUGCCGAGUGUGGCAAUGAUGGCUUUCUUGGAUUGAAAAACUUGCUAUCUCAUUGUUCAUGUCCUUCGUCUCAUACUACAACCAUUUCAGCUAUCAAUUCUCAGGCGGGACCGAGUAGUGUGCCAGCCUGAAGUUGAUUUAGAUGCAUCAAAUAAACUGCAGAUUCCCUUUAACUAGUUGGAUUUGCAAUGCACGUUUGAAUCCUACCAAGAUAUUCAUUCAAUGGUAUUGUUCUUCUGGUUUUAAGUUA